AUGAUGCCGACUACGAUGCCGGUGAAACGUCUGGGAAUGUACCACAUCAACGGUCCUAAUCUGGAAAUGAUGAUGGUGCGUUCCUAUAAGUCUUCCUACCAAUAUGACCAAGUUGCGAAAACAAGGUCAAACAACCUCCAAGCUAACUUCUGGUUGCCGUUCACAAUCGGAGACUUUGCAUAUUUGCUAUGGGAAUACCUGUCGAGUCUCUACAAAUGCUACCGCCGAGAAGCUGUGCUGCGCCGUGAAGGCAUCUGCCGCUUGACAGAGUCGCUUACCGCCAAUGUCCUGCUUGGGCCCCCAUCCUGUGAGGCUUAA